CUCUGUUCCCCGCUUUCCUCUUCUCUUUGUUUCUGGCGAUUCGAUUGGCUCGCCGGAGGGCCGAGUCACUCACCGGAGACGGCCGGUUGAUUGACGGAACGAACCUGCUCUGUGGGGAGGUAAGGAUCGCUUCCAUUUCUCAUGCAGUGUGAAAAAAAAAGGAAUUUUUCUUUCUGGGUAUUGUCAAUUGUCCGGCCUGGGUUUCUGGGCGCGUGAAUCCGUGAUCAGAUUUGCUUCAGAUCUGAUAAUGUUGAACCGGAGAGCGGAGAAUCUGGGGGUGUGGGUGUUUUCUGGUUAGUCUUGCUGGGAAAUUUAAUGUUACUGUUGUUCGAAGUUAGGGUUUGGGUUUUGUGCAUUGAUGGAGGGAAGUGUGAGGUCAGUGGGAGUAGUGAAGAAGAGAAGCUCUUCUGGUUGUUUGAUUAUCAAGAAAAAAGAUGAUAGAGUUGGGGGCAUGGGAAUGGGAGGGAUUCAUCCUUCAGGAUCUUACCAGAGGGAUAGCAAGAGGGCCAGAAUGGUGAUGCAUGAUUCUGAUUCUAGUGAUGAGUUUCCAGAACCUGUUAGGAGGAGAGCUGGGGAGAGUUCUCAUCUUGGUCCAGUUAUGUACAGGAGUGGAGAGAUUGAGAGAAAGAGGAACAGAUUAGGUGUAUUUGAGUUCAAUGAGACCAUGAGGAAUGGGUAUCAAGGUGAGAGAUUGGCGAUGGAAUUCGAGAACAGGCCUAUUAGAAAUGUGAUGGCUGAGCAGCGGAAGCAUUCAUAUUUUGAUAGCUCGGGUUCAAGUAAGGUGUCGAGUGGCAGGACCAGAGGUGCUUGUUAUGGUGAUGAAGAAGUGCAUUUUCCCAUCCCGUUGAUGAAGCUGAAAUAUCAGGCAGCAUCUGAUGAACCGAUUAGACUGCAGGGAAAAAAUGGGGUCUUGAAGGUUAUGGUGAAUAAGAUUAAGAAGAUGGAUUUCUUGCAUAAUAAUGAAUCCCGGAAUGUUGAAAAUAGGAAAACUUCCAUGCCUGAGCACUUCAGUGAGCCAAGAGUGCAGCAAACACUUUAUGCUGAUUCUAUGUCUAGUGAGAUGGAGAAAUAUGGCCUGAAAUCCCAAAUAUCAUUUGGGGAAGAAUCAACAUCAACUGCAGAUUCAGAUACAGAGGGAACUCACACGUCACAUAAGUCGACCCCACCAAGCUCCUUUGCGGCUGUUAGCUCAAUUAAAGGGGUAAAAGAAGAAGAAGCAAGACCCCUUGCACCGGAAACUGCAUCAGUAGUCAACAAGGAAGGAAAAGUGAAACGUGGGGGAAGCACUGAAAAACAGCAAUUGCGGGAGCGAAUUAGGGGAAUGCUGAUUAAGGCUGGAUGGACUAUUGAUUAUAGACCAAGAAGGAACAGAGAUUACCUAGAUGCUGUUUAUAUUAGCCCCAACGGAACAGCUUAUUGGUCAAUAAUCAAAGCCUAUGAUGCGUUUCAGAAACACUUGGAGGACAGUAAGAAAAAAUCCGACGGCAAUUCUCCACCAUUUGCCCCUUUGUCAGCAGAUUUAAUAAAUAAGCUGACAAGGCAAACUAGAAAGAAGAUUGAGAAAGAAAUGAAAAAGAAGAAAAUAGAUGAAAGCAUGAGUAGUAGAGAUAAUAAGGCGAUGUCAUUAAAAGUGUGUGCUGAAGGAAUAGAUCAUCACGACGAAAGACUUGAUAUCUAUGGAAAGAAGAACUGCAAGCAAGUUAAUGGAAUAUUUCAUAUAACCAAUCAAACAGACGAGUAUUACAAUAGCUUGAAAAGUGGCAGAAAUUUAAUCCCCGGAAAGAAAAGCCAAAUAACUGGGAGGUGUACUCUGUUGGUUCGGAGUUCUGACAUAGGGAAACACACUGAGAAUGGUGAUUAUGUUCCAUAUUCCGGGAAAAGAACCUUGUUGUCAUGGAUGAUUGAUUCUGGGACUGUUAAACUCAGUGAAAAGGUUCAAUAUAUGAGCCGCAAAAAAUCAAGGAUAAAGUUAGAAGGCUGGAUCACGCGUGAUGGCAUCCACUGUGGUUGUUGUAGUAAAAUUCUCACGGUUUCUAAGUUUGAGCUCCAUGCAGGGAGUAAAUUGCGUCAACCAUUUCAAAAUAUUGUUUUGGAGUCUGGAGUUUCUCUAUUGCAGUGCCUUGUAAACUCAUGGAAUAGGCAAAAGGAGUCUGAAUGCCGAGAUUAUUAUGCUAUAGGCAUCGACGACGAUGAUGACCCAGCUGAUGAUGCUUGUGGCAUCUGUGGUGACGGUGGGGAUCUGAUUUGUUGUGAUGGCUGUCCAUCAACUUUCCAUCAGAGCUGUCUUGGUAUAAAGAUGCUUCCUCUUGGCGAUUGGCAUUGCCCAAAUUGCAUAUGCAAAUUUUGUGGGGCUGCUGAUGAAAAUCCUGCAGAAGUAAAUAAGGAUGCUAACAAGCUUUUAAUUUGCAACCUCUGUGAGAGAAAAUAUCACAGGUCAUGCAGGCAAGAGAAACAUGCUUUAUCCAUGAAUGCUAAUACUUUGUCAACUUUUUGUGGCCAAGCAUGCCAAGAGAUUUAUGAUCAUUUACAGAAGAUUCUGGGCGUCAAACACGAGUUAGAGUCGGGAUUGUCAUGGUCUCUUUUGCAACGAUCAGAACUCGAUUAUGAUACCUCACAUCUUUCCUUUUCCCAAAGGGUUGAAUGCAACUCUAAGUUGGCCAUCGUGUUGUCUGUAAUGGAUGAGUGUUUUAUGCCCAUUGUGGAUCGAAGAAGUGAGAUAAAUAUUAUUCAUAAUGUUGUUUAUAACUGUGGGUAAGCAGCUGCCUAGUAAUCAUUGAAAAAAAAGGUGUAACGAAUGCAAUUAUUUCCUUAUCAUCUUUUCAUCCGCUUCCUUUUGGCAAUUGUUACUUUAUUUUAGAGUAAAUUCCAUAAAUGGUUCCUAAUUACAUGUGGUUUUUCAUAUCUAGUCCCUGAUUCUAGUAUAUUUCAUAAAUAGUCCUCAAUUUUUCAAAACUAUUCCAUACAUAGUCCUUUAGGCCAUAUACGAAAAACAUAUUUUUUCCACAAAUAGUUUUCAAAAU